AGAACGCAGCGCAACGCAGGAAAGGCUUUGUGUUGUUGUUGUUGUUUGUGAGAGAGAGUAAGAAUGGAAGUGGAUGAUGACUGGGAUUUGAGCGCAGAAGACCUCGAUUCUCUCGAAAGAGACGCUUUCCAGAAGAUUGCUCAACUACGCCACCCUUCUUCUUCUUCUUCUCAGCAAUUAAACUUGCAUCAACACCAUUCUGCAACCAACCACUUGGAGCCAUUCCCACGAAAUCCCGUUCCCGAUUCACGUCCUCAAAGAGUUGAUGCUGUUUCUCAAGGAGCUAGAGUAUUACCCACGUCAUUGAAAUCAGGGACAAACAAAGAUGAACAUUCGAAAGAACUGCCAAAGGUUUCAGUUAAAUUUUUUCUUCAUUCCACUGGAAACGUGGCAGCAAAGUUUCAAUAUGACCAGGUAGUAGUUGCUGCUUUUAAGAGAAUCACUAAAUCUUCUUGGAAUGCAAAAGAAAGGUUAUGGAUGUUCCCGCUGUCUUCUUUGCCGGAAGCAGAAAAGGUUCUUGGAGAAAUAUCUGGUUAUAAUGUUCAGGUGGAAAACGUAGAUCCCUUGGUGCAUCGGGCCAUUGCUGCUGCAUUCGCUGUUCCUGAUCUUCGAGAUCGAUACACCAAGAUCCCUAGCUAUAUUGAAUCAAAGCUUUUGCCAUUUCAGCGAGAAGGUGUUAGGUUUAUAUUGCAGCAUGGAGGACGUGCUCUUUUAGCAGAUGAAAUGGGACUGGGGAAAACCUUGCAGGGUGAAAGUAAACUGUAUUUACCAUUUCAUGCUAUCCUUGCACCAUCACCAUGGGCUGGUGUUGAAUAUCAUAAUCUGAGCUCAAAGUAG